UUACUUCCUACUAUCAUUUUAAAAAAACCCGGUCUAUUUUUGUGUUCUUUCCCCUCUUUUUUUUUUUUUUUACUUAAACCCCUUCUUGUUCUUUGGUUUGGUUUAAUUGACCCAAUGUUCUUGUCCCAAGAAGCGGAUCAGUUUCAAUUACCGGUUAACGAAACCGGCUUCACACGCGAAGAGCUCGAAGAGUUAUUGUCUUUUCUCGAAUCGAAUGAACCGGUAAGUCCAAACUCCGGUUCAGAAGGUUCGACUCGGGCGGUUUAUUCACCGGACGAGAGGAAGAAGAGACGCAUGAAAUCGAACCGGGAAUCAGCGAGGCGGUCCCGUUGGCGAAAAAGGAUGCACUUGGAGAACAUCACGGACGAAGUGAACCGGUUGAGCGUAGAGAACCAGCAGCUUAAGAACCGACUGAGUGCAGUCAUUAAUCAGUAUCACAUUGUAUGGCGAGAAAAUGAACAGUUGAGAUCCGAAUCCGAAGCUCUUUGGGCCAAACUCUUGGAUCUUUACUGGACUUUAGCCACCAUGCAAUCGCGAUAGCCUUCAUCUUUUAUCAAAGCUUUAAAAAAAAAAAAACUAAACCAUAUGAAAUUAAGCUCUAUAAUUAAAUCAACUAAAAAUUAUUGAAAAAUUUGAAGCGUAAAUGAAGGAAUUUUAGAGCUUAAUUUCACCUCUCUUUCUACAUCGUAAUAAUUAUAAUAAUAAUUAGUAGGCAAUCACUGAAAUGGUCAAGAAAAGGUGGUGGUUUUCAUAAACCCCACGUUUGAUAUAUUGUAAAAAAAAAUAUUUUGUGUCUUUUACUUUUUUGUUUUUGGGUUCGGACUUUUCUUUGUUUACUAUAUAAUGUAGUAUCUUGAGGCUGUAUAUAAUUCAUGGGUCAAUAUAUUAGUGA